CUUCACCCGGUUGUGGCUGCGGCGGGAUGGCGGCUGUGGCGGCGACACCUUCACCAGCUCCCGGAGUCGGUGGCUCCGGCAUGGACGAGCGACUGGAGCAGGAGACCACCCAGUGGCUGCGCUGGGACAGGAAUCCCUUAACUUCGGAGUCAGUGAAACAGCUCAUUGCUGAGGGUAAUAAGGAAGAGCUACAGAAAUGCUUCGGGGCCCGGAUGGAGUUUGGGACAGCUGGCCUUCGAGCUCCUAUGGGAGCAGGGAUUUCUAGAAUGAAUGACUUGACCAUCAUCCAAACCACACAGGGAUUUUGCAGGUACCUGGAAAAGCAGUUCAGCGACCUGAAGCAGAGGGGCGUGGUGAUCAGCUUCGAUGCCAGAGCUCACCCUGCCAGUGGAGGCAGCAGCAAGAGGUUUGCCCGGCUGGCUGCGACUGCCUUUAUCAGCCAGGGGGUUCCUGUGCAUCUCUUCUCGGAUAUAACCCCCACCCCAUUUGUGCCCUAUACAGUGUCACAUCUGAAACUCUGCGCCGGCAUCAUGAUCACUGCCUCUCACAAUCCGAAGCAGGACAAUGGCUAUAAGGUCUACUGGGACAAUGGAGCGCAGAUCAUCUCUCCACACGAUCAAGGCAUUUCUCAAGCUAUUGAAGAAAAUCUAGAGCCCUGGCCGCAGGCUUGGGAUGAGUCUUUGAUUGACAGCAGUCCCCUUCUUCACAACCCCAGCACUUCCAUCAGCCAUGACUACUUUGAAGACCUGAAAAAACACUGUUUUCACAGGAGUGUGAACAGGGAGAGCGAUGUGAAGUUUGUGCACACCUCUGUCCAUGGCGUGGGCCAUGAGUUUGUACAGCUGGCCUUCAAGGCCUUUGACCUUGCUCCUCCUGAGGCUGUUCCCGAACAGAAAGAUCCGGAUCCUGAGUUUCCAACUGUCAAAUACCCGAAUCCUGAGGAGGGUAAAGGUGUCUUGACUUUAUCCUUCGCCUUGGCUGACAAAAUCAAGGCCAAGGUUAUCUUAGCCAACGACCCAGAUGCGGACAGACUUGCUGUGGCAGAAAAGCAAGACAGUGGUGAGUGGAGAGUGUUCUCAGGCAACGAGCUGGGGGCCCUGCUGGGAUGGUGGCUCUUCACGUCCUGGAAAGAAAAGAGCCAUGAUCGAAGCACCCUCAAAGACACAUACAUGUUGUCCAGCACCGUCUCCUCUAAGAUCUUGCGGGCCAUUGCCUUGAAGGAGGGCUUUCAUUUCGAGGAAACAUUAACAGGCUUCAAAUGGAUGGGAAACAGAGCCAAACAGCUAGCAGACCAGGGGAAGACAGUCCUGUUUGCAUUUGAAGAAGCUAUUGGAUAUAUGUGCUGUCCCUUUGUGUUGGACAAGGAUGGAGUUAGUGCAGCUGUCAUAACUGCAGAACUGGCGAGCUUUCUAGCAACCAAGAAUCUGUCUUUGUCUCAGCAGCUGAAGGCCAUCUAUGUGGAGUAUGGCUAUCAUAUUACCAAAGCUUCCUACUUUAUCUGCCAUGAUCAAGGCACCAUUAAAAAAUUAUUCGGGAACCUGAGAAACUAUGAUGGGAAGAAUAACUAUCCCAAAACGUGCGGCAAGUUUGAAAUCUCUGCUAUCAGGGACCUCACAACCGGCUAUGAUGACAGUCAGCCUGACAAAAAAGCUGUUCUUCCUACCAGCAAGAGCAGCCAAAUGAUCACCUUCACCUUUGCUAAUGGAGGCGUGGCCACCAUGCGGACCAGCGGGACAGAGCCCAAAAUCAAGUACUAUGCAGAGCUGUGCGCUCCCCCUGGUAACAGUGAUCUGGAGCAGCUGAAAAAGGAACUAGAUGACCUGGUCAGUGCCAUUGAAGAAAACUUUUUCCAACCACAGAAGUAUAACUUGCAGCCAAAAUCAGAAUAAAAUAUUGAAGCA